UUGAAGAAGCUAAUUUCUUCCUCCCAGAUGGAUCAUCUGCUUAGGAAUACACAACCACUCUUCUCACUAACCUACCAUGCCAUCUUUCUUCUGUUCCUCUCUUUAUCAAUCUCAAAAUUUUCCUUAGCUACCACACUUUCAAAUGAAACUGAUAAACUUGCACUACUCGAAUUCAAGUCCCACAUAGAUAGCCCACUUAAUGUCCUAGCUUCUUGGAAUGACUCUUUCCACUUCUGCCACUGGAUUGGGGUCACUUGUGGCAACAAACACCAAAGAGUCAUUGGUUUGGACCUAAAAAACAAAAAGUUGGUUGGCACCAUAUCACCCCACAUUGGAAAUCUUUCUUUCCUUCAAUCCCUCGACCUUGCAAGUAACUCUUUCCAAGGUGGAAUUCCCUCAGAAGUUGGUUACUUGACUAGGCUUCGAAAUUUGAACCUAAGUUAUAAUCCAAUAUUGGGAGGGGAAAUUCCAGUCAAUCUUUCUCACUGUUCCAACCUACAGUAUCUUGAUCUCAAGUACAAUGAUUUAGUACAACGAAUCCCUUCAGAACUUGGCUUUUUGUCAAAACUUCAGAUACUAACUCUUGAAAGCAAUCAUCUAAGUGGAAGGUUCCCACCUUCUCUGGGGAACUUGUCCUCUCUCCAAAAUCUUGGGCUUGCAUAUAACAAUUUGGAGGGAGAAAUCCCAAAUACAGUAGCCCAAAUGAAAAGCUUGACAUCUUUUUAUGUAGAAAUAAAUCAUCUUUCUGGUGUGUUUCCACCUUCCCUAUACAAUUUAUCAUCGCUCACAAAUAUUGCCUUGACUAAUAACAACUUCAUUGGUAACCUCAACCCUGACUUGGGCAUUCUUCUUCAAAAUCUCCAGAUACUUUGGAUAGGAGCAAACCAAUUUACAGGAACCAUUCCAGUUUCAUUGUCCAAUGUCUCAAACAUUCACUAUCUUGAUCUUGGUAAUAAUUAUUUCACAGGAACCAUACCUAGGAGUUUUGGUAAUUUGCGAAAUCUUCGAUGGUUUGGUGCUUUUAAUAAUCUUCUUGGAAAUUAUUCAGUUUAUGAUUUGAGUUUUCUGAGUUCUUUGAACAACUGCAGUCAGUUAGAGCUUCUGUCUGUCAGCGACAACCAGUUCGGAGGUGAGUUGCCUAACUCCAUAACAAACCUCUCAAUCCAAUUAUUACGGUUUCGGCUAGACGGCAAUUCUAUUGGUGGGAGCAUACCUACACGGAUAUCAAAUCUUGUUAGCCUAACUGAACUUAACCUGGGAGCUAACUUGUUAACAGGUAAUAUUCCAUCUUCAAUUGGAAAGCUCUCAAACUUGCACGCUUUGUACUUGUAUGAAAACAAAUUGAUUGGGGAGAUCCCGUCUUCCUUUGACAACAUGACUAAAUUGCUAUACCUCGAUAUGGAGAGUAACAAUUUAGAAGGGAGCAUACCACCGAGUCUUAGUAGGUGCAGCCACCUGCAAAAGGUAAUCCUUUGCCAUAAUAAAUUAAAUGGCACCAUACCGGAGCAACUUCUUGGCCUUCCUCUAGUCCAAAUUAAUGUGUCUCAUAACUCCUUGACCGGUUUUUUACCACCAGAUUUUGGAAACUUGAAAAUUCUUGUUGCACUAGACGUUUCAUACAACAAAUUUUCCAAACAGAUUCCAGCCCAGCUAGGGGCGUGUUUGGCCUUAGAAACACUUUAUAUGCAAGCAAACUCCUUUGAAGGAACCAUUCCCGACUUAAGUCAGUUAGAAGGUAUUCAAUAUCUUGAUCUCUCUAACAACAACUUGUCAGGCCAAAUCCCAUGGUAUAUGAUUAAUUUUCCCAUGCAAAAUUUGAACCUCUCUUUCAACAAUCUUGAGGGAGAGGUACCUAUAGAAGGGGUCUUCAGAAAUGCUAGUGCAGUUGAAGUCAAAGGCAACAUUGGUCUUUGUGGGGGGAUCCAAGAGCUACAUUUGCAGGCAUGCCCCAUUCAAAGAUCCAAGCAUUUUUCUUUCAAGUUGAAACUGGCAAUAAGCAUUGCAGCUGCUUUCUGCUUGGCAUUGUUUUCUUUGAUUGCUCUUUCCUGGUUGAAAAAGUCAAAGAAGAAAUGCCUUUCCAUUUCCACCUUUGGACCCUCCUACCAAAAGAUCUCUUAUAAAGAAUUACGCAAUGCAACUGAUGGAUUCUCUUUGAAGAAUCUGAUUGGUACAGGAAAUUUUGGUAGUGUCUAUAAAGGAAAACUUGGUCUAGAUGAAACAACUGUAGCAGUCAAGGUACUCAAUUGUCAAAAGCAAGGAGCCUCCAAGAGUUUCAUUGCCGAAUGUGAAGCCUUGAGGAACAUCCGGCAUCGAAACCUUGUUAAGAUUCUGACUACUUGUUCAAGUAUUGAUUUUGAGGGCAAUGAUUUUAAAGCUUUAGUCUAUGAGUUCAUGCCAAAUGGAAGCUUGGAGAUGUGGUUACAUUCUGAAGAUGGAGUCAAGCAACUGAGAAGUUUAAACCUUCUCCAAAGAACCAGCAUUGCAAUAGAUGUGGCUUCGGCAUUGCUUUAUCUUCAUCGUCACUGCCAAACCCCUAUUAUUCACUGUGAUAUAAAGCCAAGCAAUAUUCUUCUUGAUGAUGAUCUGAAUGCUCAUAUAAGUGAUUUUGGUUUGGCUAGACUCCUUUCGAAAUCUGGGAAGGAAGCUUUUCAUAAUCAUUUAAGCUCAGUAGGGAUUAAGGGAACUGUCGGAUAUGCUGCUCCAGAGUAUGGAAUGGGUAGUCAACUUUCAACUCAUGGGGAUGUGUAUAGCUUUGGGAUCCUCUUAUUGGAGAUGUUAACUGGAAGAAGACCUACUGAUAGACUAUUCAAAGAUGACCUAAACCUUCACAACUUUGUUAAGUUGGCAUUGCCGGGACAAGUGAUGGAGAUUGUGGACCAUUCAAUUUUCAACGAAGUAGGAGAAUCUGAUAACAUGGUUGCAAGUUGGAGUGACUGGACAAGUGGACACACUGAAUACUUGAUAUUGGUCUUUCAAAUCGGACUUGCAUGUUCAGCAGAAUCUCCAAUAGAUAGAAUGGACAUGAGCAAUGUAGCCCUGGAAUUGCUUUCAAUUAGAAGGAAAAUUCUUUUGGACCAAAACUCUUGAAAUGAAAGCCCAUAGCUGAUGGCGCAAUCAUAGUCUAAUUAGAAGAAGAAUAUUAUCUUUGGAAGCUUAACGUUAUACGCAAAGCCCAAGAAUAAGAAUAGGUAUCCGUAACAGUCAAUUAGGUUUUUAUAUUUUAUGUAGUUAUUCUAUAGUCAAGGGUAUUUUAGUAAUUAUAUAAUUGUUGGGUAUGGGAUGAGGUUUUCUUCUAUUUAUAAGUAAGUCUUAUUUAAUUUAUGGGUCUAUAUGUAUGGGUUUUUGUUUAAUUCAAUUAGUAAGUUGCACGUGUGAUGCACGAAUAAUAUUGUAAUGUUUUAUGUAAAAUAGUUUUGGAGAAUGUUGUACAUAUAUUAUAGCAUAA